AUGAAUGGAACUGUACUCUCUCACAGGAAUAUUAAUUGGAAAGAAUUUGCUUGUGGUUGGGGAGCAGCCCUUAUAAAUGUAUCCGUCACUUACCCAAUCAAUAAGUUAAUAUUUCGACAGAUCCUCCAUGGCACAAAAAUAUACCCAGCUUUCUUGCAGCUGCGAAGUGAAGGUAUAUACUAUCUCUACAGAGGCAUCCUUCCACCACUAUGUCAAAAAACGUUAUCUUUAUCGAUAAUGUUCGGAGUCUACGAAGAAGUUAAAAGACCUUUGAUACAACUGGGAUUCAAUCCGUACGGUGCUAAAGCUAUAGGCGCACUAGUGUCAGGAACAACGGAGGUUAUAUUAAUGCCGUUCGAAAGAGUACAAACUAUUUUAGCAGAUUCUAAACAUCAUACAGAUUUUAGGAACACUUUACAUGUAUUUAGGGAAUUAGGCAAAUUUGGCAUUAGGGAAUAUUAUCGUGGAUUAGUUCCGAUUGUGCUUAGAAAUGGGCCUUCGAACGUUGGCUUUUUUAUAUUACGGGAAGAAAUGCAAAACAGAUUCCCCAAGUACCAAAACGAAUUUUUAAGGACCUCUUUAGAGUUUUUAUGUGGAGCAAUGAUCGGGGUGUUGCUUUCAACGGUGUUUUAUCCUUUAAAUGUAUUAAAAAUUAGAAUGCAGAGCAAAAUAGGCGGAUCGUUCGAGAAUCCAUGGAAAGUACUCAUAGAUAUUUACAACGAACGAGGAGGAAAAAUUAAGUAUAUUUACUAUGGGGUCCAGGCGAAUUAUACGAGAGCUUUUAUUAGUUGGGGGGUUAUGAAUACUGCCUACGAACACCUCAAGACUAUGGCUAAUGAAAUUUAAGAUUCUAAUCGUUUUUGUGAUGUGAUAAAAUUAAAAAUAAAAGCAUUUUCUCGCUGAUCGUACAACAAACUUAAAAAAAAAACGAAAAUAGCUGUUAGAAAAUAUUUAUUUCUGCAUUGUGGGGAAAUAAAUAGUUCCUAAUUAAUUUUCCAGGCCACUUUUUACAAAUAUUUACUAAUAAAACCAAAUAGGGUGAACAUAUUAUCUAUAUUUAAAUAGAAAGACCGAUUGGCGAAAUAAUAAUAUGUGUAUCUCGUAGGAAAUACAUUUCUGACUUCUGAGGUGUUGUUCUUGGUUUAUGCCUCGCUCAGCAAUCUUUCCGUCCCACUGUAAUGCCAAAUCAAGAUUUCCUCCUGUAUUCGAACGUCGUGAUGUUUCACAGAAAGUUCAGUGCACCUCGUCAUGGAUCCAUGGGAUUAUGUCCCAAAAAGAGAUCCCAAAGACACCGUGAAAAGGUAAAGGCUUUUCCAAAAGAUGAUCCUCCGAAACAGAUCCACUUACUUGACCUUUAUAGGUUAGAAAUCUGGUAUGACACACGUGGUAAGAGAGAGGCAGACAGACCUGGAUCAAAAAUCAAUAAAGUAAUUGUAUAGGCUGUAACAAUUUUGGAAACUCCAACCGUGGUAAUUGUUGGGGUUGUCGAUUACAGCAAAUACUACAUGGUAUGUGGAUAUUCCUCUGAGUAUCGAAAAGAAUUUAGAGAUUGUUAAUUACUGUAAGAUUGUCAGAGUUAUGGCUCACAGUAAGAUGAAAUUGUUGAAGCAACGUCAAAAAGAAGCCCACAUUAUGGAAAUUUAAUUAAAUGGUGGUAAUAUACCUGAUAAAGUGACUUGGCAUAAAGAACAGCUUGAAAAGCCUAUUCCUAUUGACAGUGUUUUUGCUCAAGAUGAAAUGAUCAGGUACUCUUGGUGUUGUCGGUCACAUUGGAAUUACACAUGGUCUUAGGGCUUUAAUCACAGUUGGGGCUAAGCAUAUCUCUGAGUAUUGCCUCAGUUGCUUCUACAAGAGGAUGAAGCAGGUAUUUACCAAGGAGUGAUUUAGAAAGUAGUCCAUUGAAACAUUGAAAAGAACUUGAAGAAUACUGUUAUUUACUACUGUAAAGUUUUUAGUUAUUGCUAAAACUUGUUGAUGAAAUUGUUGAAGUAACGUCAAAAAAAAGCCCACAUUAUGGAAAUUCAAUUAAAUGGUGGUAAUAUAUCUGAUAAAGUAACUUGGGCUAAGGAACAGCUUGAAAAGCCUAUCCAAUUGUCAGUAUUUUUGCUCUAGAUGAAAUGAUCAGUAAGCUGUAAGACACACAAUCGUUUUCGUAAAGUUGCCUGUACUGUAGAAUGGUUCAAGAGCAUGAUUCAAGGUUCCACGUGCUGGUCAAAGAAAACCUGUCGAAAUGGGUACAUUAAGACCUUUGAGGUCGCUGAUUUCAAAUUUGUUAUUUUUGACAGAAAAUAAAAUUGUGAAUCAGUUAUGACAAACCUUAUAAGGAAAUCAUUUUUUCGAAGGAUAAAUUUUCCAAUUAUAUGAAAAUAAAAAACAAAAGAAAAUUAAUUUCAGUUUUUCGUUUUAUUGAAGAAAAUAGAAAUAAUAUGCAAGGAUAUUUACAAAAACCACUUAAUACUGUGAAUCAAUUUGUAAAUUAUUACUACUUGGAGGUUUAAGUAAUUUAAUUGCUUGAAAAUCUAACUCUGCUUUGUUUGCUCCCGUAACGUAAACCGCCACAACUGAGAUGGAAUGGUUGGAGGAGGGCACAGUCGUGAGUUAUUCUCACGUUAGCAUCCGAGAAGGUUUCUCACACUCAUGACGAGCCACGUUAUUUUCCUUUCUCAUUAAACCCUUUCUUAUCUGAAUAUUUUGUUUUCGAUGUUUAAUCUCAUCUUUAUCUUCACCUCAGUUUUGUUGUUUUUUGAAUUCUAAUUUAAAAUUUAAUAAAAUUCAGUUUUUUUUGCAUGAUAAAGUACUUAAUAUUUUAUAAUUAUUAAAUCGAAAAAUUUACUGCUUAAAUGGUGUUUCCAAAUGACAAAUGCAAAAAAUAAACAUAUACUUGUAACAUGUUGUCAUGUGUAAUAAAGAUAAAAAUGAAGUCUACGAUGACAUACACAAUAUGGAUGUCCAACAUACAGACAAAGCAUGAUUGAUAAGUGUAGCAGCUAUUUUUUGUUAAAAAAUAUUUUCAGAAAAAUUUUAAAAUGAUUUCAAAAUGGAGAGUGGUAGUUGAUUUUACUGUUACAUGAUUAAAAACUUUUUUUAUGUAUGAAAAACGUUAAAAAUUUAAUAAUUAACCAAAGUCAUGAUGUUUAUCAUUUAUAUAAUGUUCUGAAUCUACUACCUUUAUUUUUUCCUUUUGGAUUCAUAAAAAUCCUUAACGAUCAAAAAACUAACUCCGUCAACUUCUUGUUGCUCUACCGCAUGGAAAGUGUACCGGUCAGUCCUAAAGCUUGAAGUACCAACCUGACUAUUGAGAAACUUAAAUAUCUCUAAAUUGAAACUUCGAUUUUACGAUUUUUGACCAGGAAUUGGCGAUUUAGCAUAUCUGUGCGUCAUUCAGGAAUGUUUUUUCUUUACUACUAGAUAUACAAUAGAUUAUUAAAGAAUUUUUAACAAUAUUUUUUUCUGUGCAAAUGUAACAAUAUACAAAUAAGAGAUUAUGUUGAACAAGCUUUAUUGCUAAAAGUAUUUUGUUACUUGUUGUAAACAUGUAAAAUAAACAAGAAAAGGAACAUUUUUUCCGCCAUUAUGUAGUUUGCUUAAAAUCUAAUAAAUGUUUAUAUUGUUUUUCA